AUGCUGCACGCUGCCAUGCUAGGUAGCGGUCCGGGUCGAGGGAGACACGAAUGGUAUCCGGGAUUUUAUCUGCAACGUAGACGAAUUGGAUGCAGGAUGAACCGUGGUGAACAGGAGACAUUAUUCAGGCAGAGCCGCCAGUUGACGAGGAUCGUGCCGUCUCACGAGGACCUGGUGCUGAGCGUGCUUAAAUCGCCCAUCAGCCAACAUCAGCAGCAACGACAACCGUAUCAUUCCAGUUAUCACUGUCAAGAGCAUCAUGUUAACUGCCAAGGUCAUCAAAAUCAUAAGAAGUGUACUCAUACAGCCCAAGACAAGCCGGCAAUAUCCUGGAAAUGCCCAGGUGAGAACAACGACAGUCUUCCACGAAGCAAGGACCAAUGCUCUAGGCUCACGGAGAAACGAUCGAGUGCCGCGGCCGCUUACGCUGCUCUUCAGGGCAGCGAGGACGAGCUGGUGGCCGAGCAGGGCCUCGAGUCGGAGGACACGGCCCUGAAGACGCCUGGUAGCGAAACGGAGGACACCGAGGACAACGGCGGUCAAAUGGACGAAACAUCCUCGCCCGGGCGUCGUUUCACCUUCCUCAGGCGUUUCCGGUCGCCGCGAUUCGGCGAGGCACACCACAAGAGGGUGCCCACGCCGAUGAAGAGGAAGUACCGUAGGAAAAAGAGCAAAGACGAUAUUAUGAACAGUGAUAUGAAUGCCACUGAAGUUGAACCGCCUAGUUUGAACCAAGCCGGUGUGCCUGAUCCUUACUAUCCUAUCUAUCUGCCCAUCGAUCAGGCAUUCAAGGCUAAAUACGUGUUCCAUCAUAAGAAAGGCAAGACGUUCCAGGAGAGGCUGUACGUGUUCCUCGAGCACCCUGGUGGAUGGAUCUGCUUCAUCUAUCACUUCACUGUGUUCAUGGUGGUAUUGGUGUGCCUCAUAUUUAGUGUUUUGUCAACGAUAGACCAGUACAGUAACUUCGCGAACGAAACCCUCUUUUGGAUGGAAAUAUGUCUGGUGGUAUUUUUCGGUGUGGAAUACAUGGUCAGACUAUGGAGCGCGGGCUGCAGGUCAAAGUAUAUGGGUUGCUGCGGCAGGCUGCGGUUCAUACGAAAACCGAUUUGUAUCAUAGAUUUAAUCGUGGUCGUGGCGUCUAUGGUGGUGUUGUCGGUAGGGAGCAACGGCCAGGUGUUCGCUACUUCCGCCAUAAGAGGCAUCCGAUUUUUGCAAAUACUGCGAAUGCUUCACGUCGACCGGCAAGGCGGCACGUGGAGACUUCUUGGUUCUGUCGUUUUCAUUCAUCGUCAGGAGCUGAUCACGACGUUGUACAUCGGGUUCCUAGGUCUUAUUUUCAGCAGCUACUUUGUGUAUCUGGCCGAAAAAGAUGCUGUUGGGCCCGAUGGAAAAACAGACUUUUCCAGCUACGCCGACGCGCUAUGGUGGGGAGUGAUUACCGUGACCACCAUUGGCUACGGUGACACUGUCCCACAAACGUGGAUGGGAAAGAUAGUUGCUUCGUGUUUCAGCGUGUUCGCUAUAUCCUUUUUCGCACUUCCAGCCGGCAUACUGGGCUCCGGUUUCGCAUUGAAGGUCCAGCAAAAACAACGACAAAAGCACUUUAAUCGGCAGAUACCGGCUGCCGCAAUGUUGAUACAAUGUUUAUGGAGGUGUUACGCUGCCGACAAAGCCAUCAACAGCGUGGCCACCUGGAAUAUUUAUAUAAAAGAUCCAGCACCAGCCGGACAGCCGUCCACACCAUUGGGAAAGUUGAUUUGUGUAAAGAAGAUGUCUCUGAUGAUCCAGGUGGCAAAGAAGGCGAGCGUACUGAAGAGGCGAAAAUCGAGGAACCGGAUGGAUGUUCAGCAACAACAACAGUCGUUGCCACCGGUCACGAUAUCCGGUGGCAUGUCCAGCGCUGCUGCCGGCGAUGCUUCUGGUCAAAACGACAACCAGAGAAUGGAGAACGAGGGUGACGUUAUCUUCUACAUGGAGGAGCCGAAAGCUGGUACACCGAAUCGUGCCAGACGCGACAACCGGGGAAGCCUCUUCACCUCGCAGACGAGUUCCGUCACGGAAGCGACCAGUGACGAGAUCGACAUUGAUAUCGAGGAGCCUCAAAGGGUCACCACGCUAACCGAGGCACAUCGAAACGCCAUCAGAGCGAUCAGAAAGAUCAAAUACUUCGUGGCGAGGAGGAAAUUCCAACAAGCGCGAAAACCAUACGAUGUACGAGACGUGAUCGAGCAAUACAGCCAGGGUCAUCUGAACAUGAUGGUGCGAAUCAAGGAAUUACAAAGGAGGUUGGAUCAGACCCUGGGUAAACCAGGUAGCUAUUUGGCAGGAAUCGACCGAGCAGGCAACGUGAAGCCAAUGACGAUAGGCGCACGCUUGUACAGGGUUGAACAACAGUUGUCCGUGAUGGAUAAGAAAUUGGACCAGCUGGUGUACGUGCUGAACGCUGUGGCACAAAAGCAACAAAUACCACUGAGGAGUAUAGAGGACGACGUGUAACAGAAAGCCCCCGGCGAGCUCGUGCCAUCUGUUUCACGAUCAUUGGCAAUACCGUGGUCUUUGCCUCGUGUUACCAUAACCAACCUUGUCCCGGGCAUGUUCAGCGAAAGUGGUUGAAUCGAGAUCGUUUUUCGAUGUCAACGACAGAGGAGGAUUUCACUGAUCGAUCAAACCUUCGCUCGACAGGCUGAGGUAAAAAUGACGAUCAAAGGAUCUUUAAAUUAGAUUACAAGGAACUGGAGAAAUUUUUCUGGAAAAUAAAAUAAAAUGAAACUCUUCGAUACUUCCGCUACGUAGGAUCCUCGAAACCUCUGUUUCACAAAUUUAAAAAAUAAAAAAACGAUCACGCUAAACGCACAGGAACGAUUUUUUUUCUUGGAAGGAAGAACGAUCGUUUGAAAUAUUGCGAUGAUUAAAGGAAUCGUAUCUGGAAAUAAAAAUACAGAUAGAUUCUCGUUGUUCUGAACAUAUCGGUAAUGGUAGUACGCUUUUCGCGUUUCAAGUAUAUCGUAACCGGAAGCCCGGCUUGAACGAUGAAGAAAGGAAGGACUGAUCGGCUGAACGGACAAUUGUGUACACGUAGAAAACGUAGGAUCGGUAGACUGAGAAAUGGAUCUAGAAUUGUUUCAAGAACAGAUUCAUUUAGGAUGGUAAAUAUAUUGGAUGCAAACGUCUUGGGAACAUCACUUGGGCCAACUAGGAAUUAAUAGAGAGGAACAAUAAGCAAAUAAAUAAAUAAAUAAAUUUAAAAAAAAAAAAGAAACUUCCUAGAUGAGAUAUCUCUUAUAGGCAUAUUAUAUACACAUACAGAUAACUUCUAGUCUCUGCUGGUAAUAAACGAUCAAUUAUUAAGCCUUAAUUAAUCACGAACUUUGAAACUUUAUCGCCUAGUGUCUUUUAAAUGCGAGAUGGAAGGAGAAGAUUGUACAAACGCGGUGUCGAGUUACUUAACUAUAAACUAUAACUUGUAUCUUUGACGCGAUUUUUUCAAUUUCUAGCACAAAAUGCGAUGCUUUGCUCGAACAAACGGGGAACGUAUAUGCUUUGAAACGAGAUAUGUCUGAUAGUGCGGUGCCAUUGAUCGGUGGUUUAACCCUUUGCAGUCCUAAUCUGUCAUUUCAUCGAUGAUUCCGGGCGAAUUUUAUUCCAAUAAAAAUCAAUAACUCCAACUACGUAAAAAUAAAUUGACAGUAGAAUAAUCAAACUCGUGAAAAUGACAAUUCUCUAAUUUUGGAAAAUUAAUUUUUCAUCCUUCAUUUAUUUAUGACUUCAAAUUUUAAUGCCGAUUAAUCAUUAAGGUGAAAUAAUUCAAUAUAGAAAUUAAUAUUUAAUCAAGCUGGACUUUGGGCUGCAAAGGGUUAAGAAUUUUGGUUCCCUUCGCAAUUGUGGCACAAUUUCGGAGAAUUCUGAAGGAAGUUUGCAAAAUACAUGUGUGAAUGGUUGUACGUGUGGAUGUUUGUCGGUCUUCGAUACGAACGAUCGAGUUAUUGGUUCCUGGAUGUACAGGGUGUUCGCGAAAUAUUAAGGGUGCAAAAGAAAUAUUUCAAAUUUUAAUAACAAAAAUUAAUUGGUUCGAGUCUAAUUAACAGAUUGACCCUUUAAAAGUUAAAUACAGUUUUAUUUCUUAACUUUAAGGUUCCAUUUUAAGAAAUAUGGACAUAGUUUUCUUUUAAAUUCAAAUCAGAUACGUGUUCACAGAAACACGUUUCUAUUUUAUUACCCUGCAAAAAUGUAUUAUUUAUCACGAUUGCCCUAUGCACACCCUGAGUUGCUCGAAAAUCCAUGAAAUCUUAAAAAACCGUAUGUUUGAAACAGUUACGAUCAAGAAGGCAGAGAAACGAUGUACAUAGUUCGGAAAGAAAAGAAAGGAGAGAAAGGGAAAUAGAAAAUUGGAAUAUAUUCUGCAUAUACAUACAUAUAGGAAACUAGGAAUGUGUGAAAACCCGAGAGAAUUUCUCUUAGAAAAAGUUAUGAAAAAUAUAUCGAAAGUAUCUUGUGACAUAAAAAUACAGUCACGAACUGGGAUUUUUAUUAAUUUUCCGAUCACUUUUAAAUUAUAGAAUAAAAUGAUAAAAUUGAAUAGAGAAUUAUAAUAAUUAGCAAGAAUAUAAAAUACAAAUUUCUGGUUUUCUUAUGCCCCAAGAUACUUUUGGAAACCCAACCCAUCGGGAUUUCGGGUUUUCGUAUAUUCCUAAUAGAUACAUUUAUAUUUUCUACGUAGGCUAUCGGAUACGGCACGUAAAAGAACCAUAACGUUAUCGACACCGUAAGAAUUUCGUCGUGUUAACUCUUAAAACGAUUACCUGUAUGCAUGUACGAGAGUAUACGAGUUUUCUUUCUAAUUUCAAUUCCUUGUUUACCAUUCGAGCACGAUUAAACACAUUAAAUUAUUAUUAGUAUACAAUGAAUUAGAAUCAAUUAAACUUACUAAUUUUACAUUGCCUUUUGAUUUACAGUGUAAAUUUAAAAUAAAUUAGAACCAUUUAAAAAUUGAUUAUGACUCUAAUUGAAAAAUGAAAUUAUUUUCGACUAAAAUAAACCCCCAGUUCUUUAAUUUCCUAAAUUGAUUGGAUAAUUUCGUGCUUGAAUGGAUAAACGAACAGAUUGAAUCCUAUCGAGUGUAAAGAAAUUAUUCAUUUUCGUGAAACACACGUGAGCUCUUGAAAUGUACGAACUUUCUUUAUAAAGCAUAGUUUUCAAAGCAUACAUUGCAUUCGUUCUAAUGUCGACUAUAAACUAUCGAGGAAUAAAUCGAUCUCUGCGCGGGAAGGACCAGUCUCUUGUUAACUAGGAUAACAUUUACCUACGCUCGAACUAUUGCACUGAAAAUAUCUAUCGUCUAACUAUACUAUUGUUAACGUGUAAAUAUUGUUAAUCUAUCAUUCUAUCAUAAGAGACUUUAUAAGGUAUAUUUCCAAGUGUUUUCGAGACACCUUUGUGCUUCUUCUUUCAAUAUAAAUGAAUAAUACCUUUGUUUUUAAUUUUUUUCAAUUAUAACAUAUGCAAUACUUAUGUUUCUUAUAUUUUGAUUAAUUAAACUUAAAAUUAUUGAUUUCUAGAAUCUAUUUAAUUUAGUGGUAUUUAUUCAAUAUUGUCAAAAUUUGUUACAUUUCUUUUCUAAAAUAUAUUGGUACUUUGAAAUUCUUAACAAUAUAAAUAUCACAGAGCAAAGGGUUGAUUUAAUUAGUCUCGAAAGCACAUUUUUAUUUUAUUUUUAUUACAAAAUUAUAUAAAAUAUCGAUGCUUCGACGAGUGUACCUUUCUAUUAUUUUGUAAUUAACUGAUUCUAGUCAAAGUACCAGUCACCAAGCGUACCUUAAUCUAAUUUAACUGAAAUUCUUUUUUUAUAGUAACUUAGCUUCCUAAGAAUAUGAUGAACGCUUGCUUCGUAGAUAGUAGCGUGUUAUAUCGUGAAAUUUCGCCAUGCCGAGGAACAAUACCCUGUAAAAAUAACUCGAGCAUGUACGAUCGUACGAUAUAAAAAUUCUAUGGUGCCUCUCACUCGACUAACUCCACUAUAAAGCAACUGAUUAACUAUUGACGAUAGGAUCUAGCGUAAGAUAGAGUUGUAAAUAAACAUAGCCGAUAUCGUAGGACUACGAAAAUUGUAUAAUGGCAAUACAGAAGGGGUGGACAUUAGGGUGAAAAAAAAAAGAAAAUUAGAAACAGAAUUUAUUUUUAUUAUUAUUUUUUUUAUUCUGAUCUUAUUCUGAU